AUGCCUGAUGGAACCAAAGUCCAAGCAACUCAUUCGGGUUCUGUGAAAAUUUUUGGAAAUUUGUGUAUUGGAAAUGUCCUCUUUGUUCCCAGUUUCUCAUAUAAUUUGGUGUCUAUUUCUAGACUUGUUUCCCAUUCCAACUGCAUUGGUGAAAUCCAUGCCAGAAAGGGCCUUCUUGCUCAAGUCUAUACCAGUGCUAUUAACCAUGACAUUUGGCACAUGCGUCUUGGCCACCCGUCACAUAAAAGGAUAGUUAUUCUUAACAGAAAAUUUCCCUUCAUUUCUCUUCCUAUAAACUCUGAUUCUAAUGAUGAGAACACAAGUGACUCUACUAGAUUAAAUAAUGGACCUGAUAUUGAUUUUGGACAAACUUUUGAUUCCAUAUUAGAACAAAAUCAUCCUAGAAGGUCUACUAGACAUAAAAUUGCUCCUGCCUAUUUGCAAGAUUUCCAAACUUCUUUUGCUACUAGAACUAGAAUGAAAUCUAGAUAUCCUAUUGAAGCUCACAUUUCUCUUGCAAGGUUAUCUCCUUCUUUCAAACAGGGGAUUUUCUUUGACUCCACCAGCAACCUACAAUUAAAGGCCUUUUGUGAUUCAGAUUGGGCUAGAUGCCCCAACACCAGAAGAUCUGUUACUGGUUAUAUCAUUUAUAUUGGUAAGUCUCCCAUUUGUUGGAAAUCUAAAAAGCAACAAACUGUUUCAAGAAGUUCCUUUGAGGCUGAAUACCGUGCCAUUGCCUCCACAACGCGUGAAAUCCAAAGGCUCCACCACCUUAUGUAUGAUCUUAAAAUUAAUCACCAGCAACCUUCCCUCCUGUACUGUGAUAGUCUCUCAGCCAUACAGAUCACAUCAAAUCAGGUCUUUCACGAAAGAACCAAGCAUAUAGAGAUAGAUUGCCAUUUAAUUAGAGAAAAGGUCAAACAAGGUCUCAUCAAGCUUCUUCACAUAAGCACCCAUCACCAACAAGCUGAUAUUCUAACCAAGGCUCUUAUAUCCAAGCUGGGCCUGCUUGAUAUCUAUGCCCAGCUUGAGGGGGGCUGUCAGAAUAAUGAUCAGGGUCACAUUGCUCGUCCUGAAGAUCACACAACCAAUGAUCAAUCCGUUAAAACCGUGUUUACAUAUUAUGUUAUUACGUGCAUCACUUAG